AAUUGUAUUUAUUUAAACCUUAAACGCGCCUUCCCACAAUGCGUUGAGAAGCUGGUAAAUCGCGCAUGCGCGGUACGUACUUCCUCUUUGGAACGCCGUCUCCACUGAAAUCAUGGCCAAGCGCACCAAGAAGGUGGGAAUCGUUGGUAAAUAUGGCACGCGUUAUGGCGCCUCGCUGAGGAAGAUGGUGAAGAAAAUAGAAAUCUCCCAGCACGCUAAAUACACUUGCUCAUUCUGUGGCAAGACCAAGAUGAAGAGAAAGGCUGUGGGUAUCUGGCACUGCGGAUCCUGCAUGAAAACAGUGGCUGGAGGAGCAUGGACUUACAACACAACUUCUGCCGUCACAGUCAAGUCAGCAAUCAGGAGGCUGAAGGAGUUGAAGGACCAGUAAACUAGUGGCAUGCUCACUGGAGGAUUUGGGACUUUUUCAUAAAUGAUCCAACCUGGACUUGGCCUCAAUAUCCAACAAUAAAGCUGUCUGGAGUGGAA